ACGACCCGUUCGAACAACCCCGAGUCCAGCUCUAUCCAUCCAUUGUUACCAACGCAUCCGCAUCACCACACGUACAUAUACAACUCCGGAAGAUACUAUAGCAACCACAUAUCGAACACAGAAGAUCCGCGCCAAAAUGGGUUGCGGCCUCUCCAAGCCAAAACAACAAACAUACCCCCCGCCUAUGCGGCAGACCAACAAAAACAAGAAGCGUUAUGGCUCUAAUACUGCGGCUAUCCCUCCAAACGACAACUUGACAUCGACAUAUGUGCCCAUGUCUAUUGCGCUGAAUAAUGCGCCUGCUGAUGACGGGCCCGCUGAUAUUGCGGGCGGAACAUCGUCUUCGGGACAUCGUCAUUCGCUUUUUGGAGGCCACCAUGGACAUCACAGCCAUCACAGUCAUCAUGGGGGGCAUUCUGGGGGAGACUCUGGAGGAUACUCUGGGGGAGGAUAUAGCGGAGGGUACAGCGGAGGAGGCGAUGGUGGAGGUGGAGGUGGUGGCGGUGGAGAUGGUAGUGGCGGUGGCGGUGGAUGUUAGAAAGGGAGAAGAAGGGAUGAAAAGGAAGAGGCAUAUACCAUUGUUGUUUGUAGGAUCGGGAUUGGGUUAGAUUGGUGAUGUACCUACUUAAUGCUUUAUGACUGGCUAUUGUUUGAGGUUGCCGGGGUGUAGUUUUCCGGCUAUAGAUUCUUUCAAACUACAUGACCUUGGGAUUAUAUUUCCUAUCUGGUCUAGAAUGGUGAAGUUGUCGACACUCCAAGGCACCAAUCAAUCAACUACCAGCCUCCGGCAAACUCUC